AUGUAUUAUUAUAUUCGUUGUUAUCGAGUAACCAUCAUGACAAGUAAAUCAAUUCACACAGCAUUUAAAUUUCUUGCCAGACAACAUUUUCUAAUCUUUGCUUGUUCGUUUAUUUUACUAAUUAAUCUUAUUUUCUAUCUCAAUAAAUGGCACUAUGAAUUUAAAUAUCCAAAUAGACAUACAAAACUUUUAUAUCUAACUGCUCGAGAAAACAAUACUUACAAUGAUGUGAUUUCAGCAGCAAAUUCGUUCGAUAUUGUAAUUAGUUAUUAUUCCGAAAGUACUGAUUACGUUGCUCAAUAUGUUCGUUAUUUAAGAAAUGUUGCAAAUUUAAAGAAACUUCGUCCACGUAUUAUUGUUUACAAUAAAAACUCUCGAAUAAAUAAUCAAGUUUUGAAACUUCUUCUCGAUGCUGAUAUCAUUCAAUAUCUACCUAAUUUAGGUCGAGAAGGUGCAACUUAUCUCUAUCAUAUCGUCACAAAUUAUCAUAUUCUUGCUAAUCACACAAUCUUUACUCAAGCAGGCGUUGAAGGUCUUACUGGUAGUGGUUUAGCUGAUUGGUAUUUUGAUCGAUUAGAAUAUCAAUUCAAUUCAUCUGUUGGUUAUAUGCCCUUAGUGAAUAGUAACAUGAUAACAACAUAUGAUUGUGGUACACAUCGAACAGGAAAUUUUCCCAGAUUAGUACAGAUUUGGUCAAUGCUCGAACAAAGUUUAUGUCCACCUGGAGGACAGGCAGUUGCAUUUCGUGGUCAAUUUCUUGUAAGUAAUAAACGAAUAAAGAGACGACCGUUACACAUUUAUAAAUACAUCUAUGAGCUUAUCACAGCAAACAAUUCGCAUUGGCUUCAUCGUGAUAUUCGCUCGUUGUUUUUUAAAUCAACACCAGAUAAUCCAAUAUUUGGCCAUACGGUCGAACGUUCAUGGACAAUUUUAUUUAAAUGUUAUCAACCUGAUCUAUACGAACGAUGUCAACGGAGAGAGUGUGCAUGUUUUGAUGAGUCUUAG